AUGAGCAACUUGGCAUCCAAGCUCAAACUAAUGGAUCUGGCUCUAAAGGAUGAGUUCCUUAUCCAUUUGAUUUUUGCUUCUUUGCCAAAAGAGUUUGAUACAUUUGUUGUGAACUACAACAUACAGCCCGAGAAGCGGGAUUUAGAGAAGCUCAUUGCUAUGUGUGUGCAAGAAGAGGAAAGGAUAAAAGCUUCACAUGGUGGUUCCAUCAACUAUGUGAAAGAGAAUAACAAGAAAAAGAAUUUCGAUGCCAACUCUCCAAAGGGCAAGGGCAAAGGCCCCAUGCAGCAUCAACAAAAGAAAUUCACAGUGGAGAAAGAUCAGUGUCUUCAUUGCAAGAAAACGGGGCAUUACAAGAAAGACUGUCCCGAAUUCUUGAAAAUGAUAAUGGCAAAGAAAGGGAUUCCGUUCGACGAGGACUACGCAAAGAAGCGAAAGACACGUUAAAGUCGCAAAUGGAGUCCAAGCAGAUGUUGAAGCCGUUGGCGACCUUCCUCUGGAGCUUGCUGAUGGAUUCACAUUAAUUCUUAGAGAUGUGCUUUAUGUUCCCUCUUUACAGAGGAAUUUGAUUAGUGUUUCAUGUUUGGACAAUGAUGGAUAUGAUUGCCAUUUUGGAAAUGGCAAAUGUAAGAUAACAUUCAAUAAUGCAUGUGUUGGGAUUGCUAUCUUACAAAAUGA